AUGAAGGAGACGGGCACAGAUGUGAAGGCAGAGAUGUCUUCAGUCCUUGCCUGUUUGCUGUUUUUCCUGGCGGGCUGCUUGGGAUGCCAGCACCACACCUGUCACUGCAUGGGAAGGGUCUUCAUUUGUGAGGAAAGCAAGGUGGUCCAUGUUCCCCGGGACAUCCCUGCCAACAUCACCGAACUGAGAUUUGUCCUCACCAAGAUGAGAGUCGUUCCAAAAGGAGCUUUUGCAGGACUUCUUGACCUAGAGAAAAUAGAGAUCUCACAGAAUGAUGCCUUGGAGGUCAUAGAAGCAAAUGCGUUUUCCAACCUUCCCAAACUACAUGAAAUAAGAAUUGAGAAAGCCAACAACCUUGUGUACAUUGAUGCAGAUGCCUUCCAACACCUUCCAAGCCUCAGAUAUUUGAAACAGCAUGGAAACAGCCAUAUCCCCAGUCUAAAUUAUGAGGAUAUUCAAGACAAUAUCAAUAUACGAGUAAUUGAAAGAAAUUCAUUCAUGGGCCUGAGUUCUGAAAGCGUGAUUCUAUGGCUAAAUAAAAAUGGAAUUCGGGAAAUUGAGAAUCAUGCAUUUAAUGGAACAUAUCUGGAUGAGCUAAAUCUAAGUGAUAAUCACAACCUAGAAAAAUUGCCAAAUGAGGUCUUCCAGGGAGCCAAUGGGCCUGUUGUUUUGGAUAUUUCAAGCACGAAAAUCAGUUUCCUGCCAAGUCAUGGAUUAGAACUCAUUAAGAAGCUAAGAGCAAGAUCUACACACAAUUUAAAAAAGCUUCCUGAUCUAAGCAAAUUUAGAUCUUUGAUUGAAGCAAACUUCACGUAUCCUAGCCAUUGCUGUGCAUUUACAAACUGGAAAAGACAAAACACCGAAUUACAUCCAAUAUGUAUCAUGUCUCAGGCCAAGAAAGACCUUAAGGAGCAGCCUGGCGAAAAGCUACAGAUACAAUCCGCAGCUGAAGAUUAUGUUUCAAGCUAUGGCAUAGGAUUUGAUCCAGCAGAGCAUGACUUUGACUACGGUUUAUGCAACGAAGUAGUUAACGUAGCUUGCUCACCAAAACCUGAUGCUUUCAAUCCAUGUGAAGAUAUCAUGGGAUACAACAUUCUAAGAGUCCUGAUAUGGUUUAUCAGCAUUUUAGCUAUCACUGGGAACAUUGUUGUCCUCAUUAUUUUAAUAAGCAGCCAAUACAAGCUCACUGUACCUCGCUUCCUGAUGUGCAAUCUUGCAUUUGCAGACCUGUGCAUAGGCAUCUAUCUGUUGUUUAUUGCAUCUGUGGAUAUCCAGACCAAAAGCCAGUAUUACAACUACGCCAUAGACUGGCAAACUGGGGCAGGAUGCAAUACUGCAGGAUUUUUCACAGUGUUUGCGAGUGAACUCUCUGUCUACACACUGACUGUGAUCACCCUGGAGAGGUGGCACACCAUCACCUAUGCCAUGCAGCUGCACCGCAAGGUUCGAUUGCGUCACGCUGUGAUUAUAAUGGUUUUUGGCUGGCUGUUUGCUUUCACAGUAGCACUUCUUCCCAUAUUUGGAGUCAGCAGCUACAUGAAGGUUAGUAUCUGUUUGCCCAUGGAUAUAGAAACACUAUUUUCUCAGGCUUAUGUUGUAUGUCUUUUAGUGUUGAAUGUGCUCGCAUUUGUGAUUAUAUGCGUGUGCUACAUCUGCAUCUACUCCACUGUGAGGAACCCCAAUGUGAUCUCUUCCAACAGUGACACCAAGAUUGCCAAGCGCAUGGCCAUACUCAUCUUCACAGACUUCCUCUGCAUGGCACCCAUAUCCUUUUUUGCAAUAUCAGCCUCACUCAAGGUUCCUCUCAUCACAGUGUCCAAAUCCAAGAUCCUUCUGGUUUUGUUUUACCCCAUCAACUCCUGUGCUAACCCUUUCCUCUACGCCAUUUUCACCAAGACUUUCCGCAGGGAUUUCUUCAUUCUGUUGAGCAAGUUUGGUUGCUGUGAAAUGCAAGCCCAGAUUUACAGAACAGAGACCUCCUCAUCUGCUCCUAAUUUCCACACAAGAAAUGGUCAUUGCCCUCCUGCAUCAAAAAACAGUGAUGGCCCUAUUUAUUCAUUGGUUCCUCUGAAUCACUUGAACUGAAACACUUGCAUGGAUUUGUGUCUGAGGCAGCAUGAUAAUCACUUCCAACAGUGCAUUUGAAUAAUGACUUCAGCAUAGCAUGUAAAUUUAUGUUUUAUGAGGAAAGAAAAAAUUAAUUCCACUUUGCUAUUUUUGUUCAAUGAACAACCAUCAGAGAUGGCACAUCAUCUUCAUCAGCUCUUGAAGACCAAAAUGCCAAAGUCUUCUCAUAGAAUUACCUUAAGGAAGAAAUUAGAUCAUAAACCAGUAUCUCCCACCAUGUAGACAGAGAUUCCCUUCAUUCUAGGAAGAUGUUAGCUGCUUAUUGAGAAUUAAGUAGUGUUUAUAUACAAUUGAAAGAAAAAAAUAUGUAGCAAUGAUUUCUUUUCAUGUGAAGUGUGUUAUAACGAUGACAAAUAAUUAAGGUUUUUUCAUUAAUUGUACUUCCUGGGCUUGCAGGAGACAGAAGGCCUACUUAAGCCCUCCUUGAGCACAGACUUACUAGGAACAAGAAUA